AUUGCUCAUUUUCGAUCUCAAAUCCUUUGUCCCACUUGCUACAAUGGCGUUCGUUUCCAGCUUUCGCCGUCUCGUUGCUGGAUCCAACAGCCUCUUGUCUUCUCCAUCCUUCUGUGUUCGCCGCUGCUCAACUCUUACGUCUCCCAGGCUCUUCGUUAGCGGUCUCUCCAGACUCACAACAAAUGAAAAGCUUCAGGAUGCAUUUGCUUCUUUUGGACAGCUCGUGGAUGCGAGAGUGAUCACAGACAGAGAGACUGGGAGAUCAAAGGGCUUCGGUUUUGUAACAUAUGCAACAAUAGAAGAUGCAGAGAAGGCCAAAGCAGAGAUGAAUGCAAAGUUCUUGGAUGGUUGGGUGAUUUUUGUGGAUCCUGCAAGACCUAGAGAACCAAGACGGCCUCUGCAAAGGGAGCCGCCUCGGUCUUCCUCUGGAUCUGGUUUCACAACCAACAAAACCAUCGGCUGGUGUGAAUGAACAAAAUCCAACCACUUAUGUAUGAAAUGAAAAUAAAUUCUUGAAUCCAUUUAUCAAUUUUGAGGCAAAAGGCAAAUCCUUUAGACCUUAACUUAUGUUUUCGAGA